CCCUGAAUAAGCUGAUUAUCCUUCCUAAGUUCUCUUUUUCUAAAAAUGUCCGCCUAGCCGUUUUGACGCCUCCGCUCCUUGACACAUCCCUCGUUUCAUCUCUUCACCGUCCUCAAUCGCCGACUGCCCUUUCAGUUAACUCCGCCUGCGCCCAUGUUCCGAACACUCCUCCGUUGAUACUUGAUUUGCCAACCAACGAGGACAACUCACCCGGGAGAUUAAGCCUAUGGAAUGAGUCCGGGGCAUUACACACUUGAAAAGCAUCUGUUCGGCACAUCCUGAAUUGCCGAGUAUUUGCGCCCGUCGGUAAUUUGCCUGCGCAAUCCUCUCUCUCCACUCCACUCCGCCGAUCUUUGCUCUAGACCGUGCAAUAUCCUCCCCGGACAGAGAAUUUUUAGAUUGAAAUAGACGGUAUUUCUGUUCCUCGGUCAGAAUGCCGGCCGAUUAUACAUCUACGGCUCGUGCUUUAUCGGUUUCGGCCUCUCCGCCAGCGCCUCUUUCACCGUCUGCCGACGACUCCUAUCCGCCAUGGAGCCGUCCGGGUGGGCGGAAUCCCGCCCAUUUGCCAAACAGUAGAGGGCCAACCUCGUUGAAGGAUCAACUGGUGAAUCGGGCAACGGAAACGUCGCGGCGUCUGAUGGCGACAUGGCAGCGGAUGAACUUUUGGCAGAAGGUGGGAGCCGUGCUAGCUGCGGUGCUUGCCAAUGCCUUGGGAAUUGGGUUCCUGAUAUUUACGGGCAAGAUCUUUGUUUGGUUGCAACCAGUGGCUGCCAAGUGGGAACACUCGGCGCUGGCAUUCUUUGUCCUUUGGAUAUGCGUGUUCUUCGUGGCUCUGCCGCCGUUGGUCGGGUGGUCGACGUUUGGAACCAUUUCGGGGUACAUAUUCGGCGUAUGGAAGGGAUGGGCACUUUACGCAUCGGCGACGGUGCUGGGUUCGACCUUCUCCUUCAUUGUCUCGCGAACCAUCCUCUCCCGAUUCGUUUCUCGUUUGAUGGAACGCGAUAAAAGAUUUGCCGCUCUUGCUCUGACGCUGAAGUACGACGGCCUAAAGCUGCUAUGUAUGAUCCGUCUCUGCCCUCUGCCGUACUCGGUAUGUAACGGGGCUGUAUCGACCUUCCCCACGGUUCAGCCAUUGAUGUAUGGACUUGCGACGGCAAUUGUCUCCCCCAAACUGCUGGUGCCAGCCUUCAUUGGCAGCCGACUACGGAUUCUGGCGGAGGAAGGCGAGGAGAUGAGCGCCGGUUCCAAAGCGGUGAACAUCUGCAGCAUCCUCAUCUCGAUCGCCAUUGGAAUCUUCACCGGUUGGUAUAUAUAUAGAAGAACCCUGGCGCGGGCCAAAGAAUUAGAAGCCCAGGAGAGAGCCGGCAUCCGUCGUUCUCUUCAAAUCGAUCACGCAGCCCAUCGUCCCCAUCAUGCCUUCUCCGAAGACCCGGACACUAACACGGCCGCCACCACGCUUGCGCGGGACGAGGAGGAACGGCUCGGGUUCCACGACUUUGACGACGACAACGUGGAUUUGGUCAUCGAUGACGAGAGCGGGAGCGACGGCUCUCCACACCUUCACACGCGAUCGCGGGAUUCAUAUCACGACGAGUUUACCGACAGUAAUUCGGACGUCUUCCGGGAUGGCGAUGGCACGGAGGGAGAGACGUACAGUCUACAUACCCAUGUGCGCAAGCCUUGAACCAGCUGCCUCUCUGUAUUGGGUUGAAAGACCACCACUGUCAUGAGCGAUGUUACUAUACGGGUUAACGGGACUGUGCAUAUCAUAUAAUAUAAUAGAGGCGCAUGGGACGGUUGAACGAGGAGGUCCGUGGCCUGACAUGGCCAAUCCCU